UGUCGUAACCAACCAGCUGAACGUCAAAUUAAAAGCGUAGUGCUAAAUAAUAUUAUUUAAAUUUAAUAUUAUUAUGGGUGACGACAAUUCAAAUUCCAGUAAAAAAUGUGAUACAAAUAAGUGUAAUGUUUUAAUAAUUGGCGGCGGCAUGGCCGGUCUGGCUGCCGCCAAUGAACUUAUCAAAAAUGGUAUGGACGACUUUAGAAUAUUAGAAGCAAGGAAACGAAUCGGUGGUAGGAUUAUUUCUAUUCCACUAAAAAACCACGAAGUGGAGUUAGGGGCGAACUGGAUUCAUGGAGUUCUCGGUAACCCGAUAUUCGAUAUAGCUAUGGCUAAUGGUCUAGUAAACAUAAUAAAUAUACCUAAGCCACACAAAGUGAUAGCGGCGACUGAGGACGGCAAACAGGUGCCGUUUGGUGUGCUGCACGAGAUCCAUGAGGCGUACGUGGUGUUCUUGCGGCGCUGUGAGGAGUACUUCCUGUGCCAGUACCUGCCCCCGCCAGAUAUUCAUAGUGUUGGAGAGCAUAUAAACCUGGAGGCCACCAUAUACCUUGAGCGUCUUCCUGACUCUGAAGAGAAAAAACUCCGCCGGCUUAUAUUUGACUGCUUGUUAAAACGGGAAACAUGUAUAUCAGGUUGCAACAGCAUGGAUGAAAUAGAUCUUUUAGAAUUAGGCAGCUACACAGAACUCCAAGGUGGCAACAUCAUGAUCCCUAAAGGUUACAGCUCUAUAUUACAACCUAUGUUAAAAAAUAUUCCACCUGAAAAAAUUAUAUCUAAUCACCCAGUAAAAAAAAUUGUCUGGGAUUCUGACCAGCACAGUACACGGCCUGAAGAUUUGGGAGAGGAGUCUGAAGACUCAGACCAGACAGUGAUAGAAGAUAUUACUAAGACCUCUACCUCUGAGUCUAUGGUUAACCCUAGUGAAGGAAGUUUAAUGUCUGAAAAUGCGCACAAACCAAAGAAAAAAAAUGGACAUUAUGUUGAAGUUAUCUGUGAGAAUGGAGAGACUUUUUUUGCUAAUCAUGUGAUAUGUACAAUACCUCUUGGUGUGCUCAAAGAGACUGCCAAGGAUCUCUUCCAGCCUUCGUUGCCUCAGUACAAAAUGGAAUCAAUAGAAAGACUGCUAUUUGGCACAGUGAAUAAAAUAUUUUUGGAAUAUGAGAGACCAUUCUUAAAUCCUGAUAUUACAGAAAUAAUGUUGUUAUGGGAGAGUCCGACGACACCUGAAGACAUUGCCGAGUCGUGGUAUAAGAAGAUUUACUCAUUUAGUAAAGUUACAGAGACCUUGUUGUUGGGCUGGGUGUCAGGGAGAGAGGCGGAAUAUGUGGAGACAUUAACUAUGGAUCAAGUUGCCACAGCUUGCACAAACAUUUUAAGGAAAUUCUUGAAUGAUCCCUUUGUACCAGAGCCGCAGAAAUGUGUAUGUACAAGUUGGAACAAGCAGCCCUACACGCGAGGCUCAUAUACGGCUCUUGCUGUAGGAUCCAGUCAGACAGAUAUAGAGAGUUUAGCACAGCCACUAUUCAGAAAUGUUCAUGAUAAAAAGCCCACGCUGGUGUUUGCCGGCGAGCACACGCACAGCAGCUACUACUCGACGGUGCACGGCGCCUACCUGUCGGGGCAGGCGGCCGCGCGCCGCCUGGCCGCGCCCGCGCCGCCCGUGCUCGCCGGCGCCAGCGAGCCCGACCUCACCGCCUGGAUAGAGGGCAUACAGCUAGGAUAAAACUGGUAUCUAACUGAACAUGUAAAAUGCAUAAAUAAAUGACAGGUUAUGGGGAUUACAAAUUAAUACACAGUUAAGGACCUAUAAUUUUAAUUAGUCUAAAGUUUAGUGAUUCCAUUGUUGUGUUAAGAUAAGAUAAGAUCUUUAUUUGCAUACCAGUAUGUUACAUAUAGGUUACAUAGUGGACCCUGAAAGGGUAUAACAAAACAUUGUUCACUAUAUACAGUAUGUGUCUGACCAUGGGGCUUUAAUUCCAGAGCUUGAUUUUACUCGCUAAACUGAGCUACUUUUACUAUGGGACCAACCCUAAAAUCGGGGAUUUUUUUUUUGGCUUUUCCAUAGAAAACGUCGACAUCUGAUCAGCCAAAAUGUAUGAAAAAGUAAAAAAAAAAUUCGGGAUUUCGGGGUUGUGCCAUAAUAAAAGUAGCUCAGUUUAGCGAGUAGAAUCGAGCCCUGGAUUUAAAGCCCCAUGGUCAGUAACACCCUGUAUAUAUUAAUUACUUAUUACAGUCAAGCUGUUUGCGCUUAUAUACAUGCGUGAAAGUGUGUAAUCGUAUACUGUGACGUUUCGUAACACAAUGGAAUCAAUUAACUUAGGAUUAAUUGCUGGUCCUUAACUACAUACGUAUUUUUUUAGCAAUUCACCCUUAUGCCUUUAUUGACACUAUAGUAAUUGUUACCACAAGAGACGACUAAAUAUUAAAGACUGCUUAUCGCAUUACAAUGUUCACUCGAUUAUCUUUGGGCUCUCUACCAGAUGGCGCUGUAAUACAACCGAAUUCAUAUUUCCUGAAUAAGUAAAAAUCAUCGAGAUAAACAUUUAUCAGCUUGCAAUUUUCUAAGGCCAUUUCAAGGCUUCACCGUAUUUAACCGUGUCUGGUAAAAGUAAAGUUUUGUAUUUACGCCUAGCAUUGUUGCAUACUGUACAAAUCAUUAAUUAGAUGAUUGGAUUUAAGAGGCUUUUAUUAAGGUUUGUCUAAAGCAUUAGAGUAAAAAUAAUUAUUAAAUUGAACACAUUAGCUACUCUAAAAAUGAUACAAUGAAGUUACCUUUGCCUUAAAAGAAAAUUCCCAAAAUGGUGCAGUCAGAAGGGUUGUAUACAUCCUAUUUAUUUUAGUUAUAAUUUAUGUAGAAAUAAGUAGCAAUCGGAAGAUAUAACAAUAUUCUGUCUGUACCCUUAACCAAAGCUGAAGCUAUAUUGCGGAAUGGAAAUGAAAUACCCGUCUAAUGAAAAGCUUACACAUGUAUGUACAUAUUACCUAUGUAUUAUUAUAUUAGGGUAUUGUGCUCGCACGUAAUACCUACCAUACUUUUUUUAUAGCAAAGUUUUACUACCAAAACUACUUUUUUCAAUUAAUGUUUUUUUAAGUAUUAAAUCUCCUCAAUGUAGGUUUUAUUUUAUUCCAAAUGAGAUGUAUCGAUUUUAUAUUAAACCAACAAUAUAAAUGUAUGUAUUUACCUACUGUAGAUGAAUUAUACAAAGUUUUGUGGGCUUUUAAAAUAUAGCCUUGUUAUAGCCUCUUUGUUUUGUAAACAUACCUACCUAGUUAUUAUCAGCGACGAUGCUUGCUUAAUACAAAUUAGCAAAAGAUUUUAUUUUACAUUGUUUUACAGUACUUACUUAUGAUGCAAAAAUCAUGAAUAAAAUAAAUUUAACUAUAGGAUAAAGUAGCCUGCUCUCUAUAUUCUCAUUAUUUUGUCAGUCAAGGUAAACUCUUUGUAGAAUUUUCUCGCAUUUUUUAAUAAAAAUAUGAGUUGCCCUAUUACAGUUUUAAGAUGCGUACCUACCUGCAAAGAGGAUUAGAAGUAGAGAGUUACUGUCAUGGUAAAUUAUCUAGCUACAGUUCAUUUACUGCCAUCUUUUGACAGAAGAUUAAACCUGUUUAAACGCCAUUUGACUUUGAUCCUUAUUCUUUAACUGAUAUGUAUUAACUUUUUAAAUAUUAAUAUUCACGCCAUCUACUCGAGCAUAGGCUGAAGGUUGUGGCGCCAUCGCUCAAAAACAUGGAACUAUACCUUUGGCCUAUAGUCGAGUAGAUGGCGUGAAUAUUAAUAUUUAAUAAGUCAAUAUAUAUCGGUGAAAGAAUAAGGAUCAAAGUCAAAUGGCGUUCUAACAGUUUUAUGAUCUGUCGAAAGAUGGCAGUGAAUUUACAGUGGCUACAUAAUUUACUUUGACAAUCCGUCUCUAUAGACUUUAUUCUCUUUGCUACCUGCAUGACCCUAUUAAAACAGUAGGACCCUAACCGCCAUCUAGCUAACACCUUACUAUAAAACUAUUAUAUUUUCAUACAAAGUUGUGGUAGUCCUAAAUAAUAAAAAUCCUAGAUAGCGUAACUUUAGCACCGUCUACUCAACGACGUUGAUGUGAUUAUUUAUUAUAAUCUAGGUACCUGUGUUACUUUUACUACAUAAAGUCUUUGGAAAAACACAACUUUGUAUGGAAAUGUUUCUGUGUUAUUAAACUAGUCUGCCACAACUAGACAUCCCACCUAAGAAUUCAUUCCAUAUGUGUUGUUUACUGCUGAACUUCGUAUGAAAAUUGUGUAUUACACGUACUUACGUACUUGUAAUAUCUGUCCACUGAAAUAAUGGGCAUUGUAUUCCCAACUCUCUAUUCUACCAACAAUUUUCAACCAUGUCCAUGAUUGCCUUAGAAUUAGGUGUGCAGAGGCGUACAGCAGUGAAAAAAAUAUAUUCGUUCUAAUAACAUUAAAAAUUACUCCGAGAAUUAAGAGAUAUUUUAUCGGGCACUUCAUGCGACAUAAAAAUGAAAUAAUUAUAACUAGCACGAUUAUUUAUUAUUUACUUCCGAAUUUGAUCACAUAAUGUGCCUGAUUUAGAAGCACAUGGUUCCUGCUGAGUUGUUUCUAAUAUAGAAAAAAUAUUACUUAUGAAUUAAACCGAAAAUCAAUUUUAUUGCUUUCAUUGGAAAGUGACUUACUUAGUACGUGACUUCUUGUUUUAGAAGGUACCUACAGCUUUCGUGAACUGAGCCUCCGAUAAGCUGAUUCAGAGCAAAGAGAAAAGAGUAUAUAGAGGCGGAUUGUCAAAGUAAAUUAUCUAACCACUGUACAUUUACUGCCAUCUUUCAACAGAAGAUUAAACCUCUUAGAACGCCAUUUGACUUUGAUCCUUAUUCUUUCACUAAUAUGUGUUAAUUUGUUAAAUAUUGAAAUUAACGCCAUUUACUCGACUGUUAGGCCAAAGGUUAUAGCGCCAUCGCUCGAAAAGAUUGCACCAUACCUUUGGCCUACUCUCGAGUAGAUGGCGUUAAUAUUAAUAUUUAACAAACUAACACAUAUCAGUGAAAGAAUAAUGAUCAAAGUCAAAAUGGCGUUCUAACAAGUUUAAUCUUCUGUCGAAAGAUGGCAGUAAAUGUACUGUAACUACAUAAUUUACCAUGACAGUAACUCUCUAUUCGAAUUCUCUUUGCUCAGAGUGUAGGUGCAAAUGCUAUGAUAGAUAUUAUAUGUAAAUAUUUUUACUUUUGCCUUAAAAAGGUACUAAUGCGUAAUGUGUCUCGCAUUAAAUCUUUUAUUAAACUAUUUUAGUAACAGCUACUUUUUCAAAACAUUACCUACAACAUGCAGUAUUAACAACCUGUGCUUUUCUAACUUCCCAAAACUAAUUCAAAACACAAGUCUGGUCUGGUACCCAAAUGUGGCCGCGCUUGUAACUUUUACUUUACCUAUAGUUGUGUUUGCUCAGAGCAAAAAAAGGUCAACCACGGCGUUGCAUGAACAAGAGAUUUCCUUUAGCAGGAUUGAUCCUUAGGACCCAAGGAUGGAUUUAAGAAGUGGAGCCACCCAGGUUUUUG